AUGACUACAGGACGUUGGAUUCGUGAUGCCAAAUGGGAGAAGAUGCCAGGAGCAAAUUCAGCACUCGGCAUCGGCCGCGCAACCGCCCACCAGUUCGCCGAGAAUGGCGCCAAGGCAAUCUACAUCUGCGACUACGCGAAUAGCAACCUCGCUGCCCACAAGGCGGAGAUCAACGCCGCGUAUCCAGCCGUAGACAUCCACGUCUGGCAGUUUGAUGCGGCGGAUGAGGCCAAGGUCAAGGCUGUGGUGGAUGAUGCCCUGAGCCGAUAUGGUCGGCUGGAUGUGUUUUUUGCGAAUGCCGGUAUCACGGGGCUGAAUGUGGUGUUUACGGAGUUUAACGAUGCGGAUUUUAUGGAGGUUUUGAGGACAAAUACACUUAGCGUCUUUUUGGCUGCCAAGUAUGCCGCCCCAGCCAUGAUGAAGACGUCGUCUGCGAAGCCGCAAUCCGGAGGCUCCAUCAUCGGAACUGCCUCCGUGGCUGGUCUACGCUCCAACGCUGGUUCUACGCCGUACUCUGCCUCCAAGGCGGCUGUCGUGUCGCUCGCCCAGACUAUCGCGUACCAGCUGGCCGGUACGGGGGUCCGCGUCAAUGCCAUUUGCCCCGGUCUCAUUGAGACGGGCAUGACGGCACCGGUGUACGAGGCCGCGAGGGCAAGGGGCAACGAGAAGAAGAUUGGGCAGUUGAAUCCUACGAGGAGGGGCGGACAGCCGGAUGAGAUUGCGAGGGUGGCAUUGUUCCUGGGCUCAGAUGAGAGCAGCUAUGUGAAUGGACAGGCUUGGGCUGUUUGUGGUGGUUUGAGUGCAGGACACCCCUUUGUUCCUGGCAAGUUGGGUUAA